CUUUCAUUUAACCUCACUUUUCAAAAAAACCAUCACAACAAAAACUAACGUGUUUUAUGGUAACAUUUCAAGUCGUUUGGUAUGGCCCCCAUUACAAAUUUGAAAUUUACCACAAAUUAUGAGAUUUGCCCCGAAAAUUCCACUUUAAGCCGACUUUUAAACGAUUUAAAAUCAUGCAAUGACGAUUCAAUUUACAAAAAAUUGAUCGACAAAAUCCUCGACACCUACGACACUCAUCAGGAUUACCACGUCCGAAACGUCGUAAUCGAAGCGUUUACCAACACAAACGCUCGCAAAAAUUUGCUCAAAUACAUGUACAAAAAAUUAAAUUUGCGUCAAAUUGGUCAAAUGACUUUUUUUGAACACAUUGUAUCAAGUGUUACGAAUGAGUGUAAAGAAAAUUUGGAUAAUUUCGUUUUUAGUGUGACAUUGUGUGAUAAAGUUGUGCAUUUUUUCGCGUGUUGUAUACAAAAUUUUAGUCACGAUUUUUUAGAAAAAACUUUUUUGUUUUAUUUUUACAGUCUGGAGGCGUUUACGAGUCAAUUAUCCUAUGGUAAUGAUUGUUUGUGUAUGGUUUUGCAUCAGUUGGCUGUGACUAUACCACGUGCAAAUAUAAAACAAUUGAGUAAUUAUGCCCUUGAAAUGGUUGUAUUGACUUUUGAAAUUUUGCAAAAUUAUGAAAAUUUUAAAUUUGAGACAAUUUUGGAUAGUUUUGUAGUUUUUUCGUACUUUUCGGUUCAAUUACCCGACAAUGAAACUGUCUUUUUGAAACACCGAAAUUAUCCCAUUUUGGAUUUCAUAGAUAACGAAAAAAAUGAUUUUUGUGUGAUUCUUGAAAGUAAAAAUUUUCCGAAUUUAUUCAAAACUGAUCGAUUGAAAGCAAUUCUUUACUUGACCAUUUCGAAUACUGUCCCACGUGACGUACUUUCAUUGAAAAUAUCCGAAAAACCGCUCUGCGAAUCACUUUACACAACUUUAAUCGAUUUAGGAAUGAGUUUGACCAACUUUCCCGACCCAAUAGUCCCCAUAAGUCGCACUUUGGAUACACUCUCAAAACACAUAAUCCAUUCAUCGAAUUUUCCACACCUUUUUGUGCAAAGUUUCGACUUUAUUUGGACACAUUUGGACCAUUUCGUCGAUCACGUGACCCAAAACACUAAAUCACUCUUGGAAAAAUUAACAAUUGAAGCGCAAAAACGCCACCGAAAUGGCGAAAAGUCGCCUUUGGAAAAACUCAUCGUCGAAUUGAAUUCGUUACCAACUUUCGGUAAAGUUCGACUUGUUGCAUGUCAUGUGACCAGUCACGUGAUCGAUUCGCAUUUGUUUGAUUCGUAUUUUCGCAAUAAACUCUUGAUGGUUGCAGCAGCCACAUCAGAUAACAUUGCCGCUUUAGCUUACUCGAAUCUAAUGUUACAAGAGAAUUGUGACGAGAAAAUUGUUCAAGUUUGGUUAAAACCGGUUUUAGGUGUUUUACGAAUGAAACAAAGUAAAGUUUUAGAGGAUAUAAUCACGUUAGCUGUGCGCAAAAAACCGACGAUUUUUUCGAUUUUAUUUACAAAUCUAGUGACAACAUCGGUUGAGUGUUCAAUUGUUUUAAAGUGUGUUCGGUUGGCACGCAUGACUGGAAGUAAAUUUGGGCGGGAAAUUGACUCAACAUGGCGUUGUUUAAUACCGAAAAAACAAUUGGAGUUGUUUAUGUGUCACCAUGACGACGAGAUUCGAAUCGAUGCACUUCAAGUCGUUGCUGAAUGUCAAAAAAGUACCGAAAUUUUUACCGAUUUCGAAUUGACGUUUCUGAUUCGGUAUUUUCGAUACAACGUUUCGGUUUCUAGUGCCAACAUCAGGACACGAUUUGUGACGUAUUAUAAGAAGGUUUUGCGACGUUUUAAUGUCACGUGGACGAAAAAUCCGAAUACGGAUUAUGGUGUUUUUCUACGCCAUCUGUUGGAAAUUUUGAUAAUUAAUUUGUCGCCAGACUCGAAUUAUUCUCGACGUUUUAUUUCGAUGGAAUUGUUACUUUUUAUUCGAAAUUUUUACGAUUGGAGAAAUCUGUUUCAGGCUGAUGAUAUUGAAAAUUUGAAACAUUUGAUUCUCGAUGGUUACGAAUCGAAUAAAAGUUUGGCUGUUGAGAUUUUAAAAUCGUUCGAAAAACUCGACUUUUCAGACAAUUUCCUCCAAAUGUUGGUAGCCAUGCUUUCGGAUAUUCGUCCGAAUCAGAGUCUUUCGGCUUGUUACUAUUUUCAGUUGGUACAACCGGAAAUUAAUGUCGUUGCGCCUUUAUUCGACAAUAUUGCCAACCUUAACGAUGAAACCCCGAUUUAUGGAAUCUUCCAACUUAUUCGUUACAAUCCGAAAGCAUUCACCUACACGUGGGAACAGUACUGCCAACUGUGUCUAAAAUACGGUACUGCAGUGCUACCAAUCGUCGCAAAUUUAGCACCGGAAGGUUAUCUUCCUGAAGAAAGCGAUAUUACCGACACGGACCAAUCAUCAAAAUCACAAAAAAUUUUAGUCAAUUCGUGGAAAACAAUGAAAGAAGUCAUGUUAUUAAUGGCCGAUCUUGUCAAAAAAACAAUACAAAAUGAAAACACAGACAACUCGCUUUCGGAAGAUUUUCUACGAAAAAUUGGCGAUUUUUUCUUAGAUAUUUUCAUCCAAGCUAAACAUCGAGGUGUUUUUGAACAAGCCCACGUGGCCUUUAAUACCAUCUGUCAAAGUUUUCUAGCUUCAAAAAAUACAAAUUUGAGUCAAUUGCCAUCGAAGUGGCUUACCGAGGCUGUUUGUCUCUGUAUUGGUGAAACAAUCGAUGAUCGUUUAUCACCAACGCGUCGUAGUGCCGGUCUUCCGUUUUUAAUUCUGAGUCUCCUUCCGAAUCUUACCGAAACAAGUCUCGAGUAUCUCCGAAGCACACUCGAUUCACUGUUAUCGAUUUCGAGUGAUUCCCCCGCCGAGCUUCGCAUCCAUUGUCUCAAUGUUUUACGUUUUUUAUUCAAAGAUUCGAAAUUGGGUGAGAAUAUAAUUGUUUAUGUGGAUCGUGGUGCGAUUUUGGCACUUUGUAAUUACAAAAGUCGUACAUGGGGUGUACGAAAUUCGGCCACAUUGUUAUGGUCGGCGCUGGUGAGACGAAUUUUUGGUGUGAAAGAAACCAAGAUGGCGUUGACGGUGUUUCAUGCCCGUUAUCCGCAAUUGUUUGAGUUUUUAUUACACGAGCUACAACACGAGUGCGAUAAAAAAGAAAGUCUAGUUUUGGAACCGAUUUUGAUGGUCUUAGGACAGCUAUAUCCGGGAUGUAAUGAGACGAUUAAUACACAAGUGAUGAAAUAUUUGUGUUAUGUUGAGGUGUGUAUGAAAAGUUCGUGUUUACGCACGAGGGAUUUAGCAGCGAGGGCAUCACUUGCACUAAUUGGAGAAAAUCUAUUUCAAUCACGUUUGGAUAAAAGUUUUGAACGAAUUUCACGAAAUUUGACAGAUAAUGAAUGUCACGGAUUGUUGUUACAAAUUUUACAUAUUUUUCAAAGCAAAGAUUUCGAUAAAUUACCAAUAACGACGUAUUUGGAACAAAGUUUGCAUUUAUUGAGACGAGGCGAAAGCCGAGUUUGUCACCACUUAACUGUAACUUUAUACAUGGAUAUGGUUUUUAUGUUAUUAUCAAGAAGUCGUGAUUAUAAAAAUUUGGAUUUAUUUAAAAAAAUUGUAGAAUUGUUAUCACAAAUGCGUACAGAGGGCGCAUAUCACGAAUGGAGCCGUUUUCAAUUGUUACUCUUUAUCAUUUUAAAUAAAUUCGAACGUUGUGAUAACACUUAUCACAUAAUCGGCGCCAUGUUUGAAAAAUAUUUGACAGGAAAUACACAAAUGCGUCACAAAUGUCUUCAUUUUUUGAUUUAUUUGAAUCAGGAAGUGAGCCGUGACCGGUUCAAAGAACAUCCGUUAAUAGUGGCCGGUAAUGUAGAAAUCUGUACACAAAUCAAACUUUUGGUACAUUCAUUUGAUUCACAUACGAAAAAACAAUUGUUGACUAGUCUACAUGCAUUCUUGAUACGUUUUUUUGACACUGAAUUGAGAACAAAAAACGAUUUGAUUUUGGUAUUACUGUUAUUGGAAUUUUAUCCGUGUUAUUUUAACACGGACCGCAGACUAAACACAUUGGAACAUCUAAUUGCUAUGGCAACGAAUGAUGAAGUUACGUCUUGUGUAAUUUCGGUUGUGAAAACCAUCUUGAAAAAGUGGCAACCGGAUGCGAAUUUUAUUGGGGAUUUCGUGAAAUUAUUACAGGAAUCUGCCGCACCGGCAGCCCCCGAAUGGCGACGCCUGGCCGUUGCCCAAUGUCUCGUCGAUGUAUGGAAGUGUCUCAAAGUGCCCCCUUUCGAAAAAUACAAUUUAUCCAACAUUAUCCUAGUAUUAUUAGAAGAUGACGAGCCACUUGUGAGACAAACAAUGAGUCUAGUCGGUAAUACAGUUUCCUCACCGGAGCGUUCACGCGAAUUGUUUUUAUCAUCAAUUGCAUGGGAAUUACCGCCCGAUUUUGCCAUCAAUUUUCUCGUUUCGUGGUCGUUGCGCCACCUACCGGAAAUAACACGUGACGUUUCUGACGUGUAUGAAAGAGGCGAGUUGAACACACACGCUGAGAAUAUUCCAGUGGCGUACGCGGCCAGUGACGUACUCCAUGGGUUAGUAUGGAACCAUGAUGGGUCGAUUUUACUCGAAGAGAGAACACUAUUGGUCACAAGAGUCGUAUUAAAUGCUUUAAUCAAGUUACCAUCGGUUAUGGUGGAUUCAGGGGUGAAGAAAACUGUGAUUUGUGCAUUGAGGAGGAUUUUAGUGUUUCUUGAGGAGGGGGGAAGUGACUUUUGUAGAAAUUUUAAAUUAUUUUUUAAUACGAAAAUUCUGACGUUUUUACGAAAUCGGAUCAAGAGUGACAAUUACGCAACUGUUAAAUGUUUUUUCACUUAUUUGUAUAAUCCGGUCCUGGAGGUCCAUUUCAAAUUUCCGUGAUUCAAAUUUAGCGCCAAAUAGACGUUACUAUAGUUACGCUUGCUUUUUUGGCGCUAAAUUUAAAUUAUUUUACGUUCUAGGCAAUAAAACCGAUUAUUUUAAAAUGUCAUGAAACUAUACCGUAAGAUAAGGUGUUUUUUUAUUUA